CAUAUCUAAUUCGGCAAUUCAGGAGUCAAAGCAGUCAUCGUUUUCUCCUAAAUUGUGAUCCCUGUUAUGAGGAAUGAAUGUUGUGACCGAAGAUCUUCAUAGAUAAGGGCUCGUUUGUUUUUGAGUUUCACUUUAAAGAUGGUUCCAUGGGGCGGUCUUACUUGCUGCUCGAGUGCAGCCGCUCUCUAUCUUCUCGGAAGGAGCAGUGGCAGGGAUGCGGAGCUUCUAAAGACGGUAACUCGAGUCAAUCAUCUUAAGGAACUGGCUCAAUUUCUUGACCUUGAAAGUAAAAUGAUACCUAUGAUUGUUACAAUCUCUGGAAGAGUUGGUUCUGAGACACCAAUAAAUUGUCAGCACAGUGGAUUAAGAGGUGUCAUAGUAGAGGAGACGGCUGAACAACAUUUUCUAAAGCAUAAUGAUGCUGGUUCUUGGAUACAAGAUUCUGCUUUGAUGCUUUCCAUGUGUAAAGAAGUCCCAUGGUACCUGGAUGAUGGGACUGGUCGUGUAUAUGUAGUUGGCGCUCGUGAUGCAGCUUGCUUUGCACUAACGGUUGGAAAUGAAGUAUUUGAAGAUUCAGGUCGAUCAAUUGUACGUGGAACACUAGACUAUCUCCAAGGUCUCAAGAUGCUUGGAAUCAAGCGAAUUGAGCGGGUGCUUCCCACUGGUUCUUCUUUGACCGUUGUCGGGGAGGCUGUAAAGGAUGACAUUGGAACAAUUCGGAUUCAAAAGCCACAGAAAGGGCCUUUUUAUGUGUCCCCAAAAUCUAUUGAUCAACUCGUUUCCCACCUAGGGAAGUGGGCAAGGUGGUACAAGUACGCGUCAGUUGGAAUGACUAUCUUUGGUGUCUUUCUAAUCACCAAGCAUGCAAUCCAUUAUAUUUUGGAGAGAAGACGCCGGUGGGAAUUGCGGCGAAGGGUUCUUGCAGCUGCAGGUAAGAGAGCAGACUCAGAUAAUGAAGAUUCAACUUCGAAUGCUGAAAAUGGAACAGAAAUCAAUCUAGACCGUGGAAUGCCAGAUCUCUGUGUUAUAUGCCUUGAGCAAGAGUACAAUGCUGUUUUUAUACAGUGUGGUCAUAUGUGCUGUUGUAUGACGUGCUCUUCAAACUUAACCAACUGUCCGCUUUGCCGGAGACGAAAUGAGCAGGUUGUGAAAGUCUUCCGCCACUGAAACCUUUCCUUAUGAGAUUUAAUAAGCCGCAACCUGGGAAAACAGGGGUAU